UUUGCCGCGCCCGUACUUUAGCGCCAAAAUUAGCAAUUUAAACAAAGAACUCUUGCAGAGACGCCGACAUUUCAAGAAGGUUACGCGAGGCUUCCCAAUGAAAGACGAAGAUGAAGUUCUCUCCGACUCCGAAACCUCCGAUCCCAAUUCCGAUUCCGAUUCCGGUGAGGAGUUCACUGCCGACUGCCAAGACAACAACGACGACGAAGAAGAAGAGCUCGACAGCGACGUCGAAGUCGUUUCCAAGAUUAUUCAGCCAUCAUCCACCGCUCACCGAAAGCCUCCAUCCGAUGAAGAUCGGAAGUCGACGAACGUCGAUGCCCUUGUCAGAGGUAACCUCGUUGUGAAAAGGCAGUCGCUACUUCCACGAGUUCUGUCGGUGACUGAAGGAUCAGCAGUUUGUAGGAAGCCCUUUAAACCCCCGUGCUCUGAUGGCUAUUCCAGUCAAAAUGAUGAGCUUGCCCGCCGUCUCUGGGCCCGCAAAAGAUUUGUUCCCUGGGGAUCUUCAAGGCCAGCUCUGGUGGCAAUUACCAAUCGUUUGAAUAUACCAGACACUGCUGAGAAAGAUGUAGUGGAGGAGAUUGUGACUCUGCCCCCGGGGUUCGAUCCUCUUGUCUUGUGGCAAUCUGAAGAAUUAGAUGCUAAUAUGGUUCAGAUUGCAGUGGAUCCAUUGCUUGUACGUUUCUUACGACCCCACCAGAGAGAAGGCGUCCAGUUUAUGUUUGAAUGUGUUUCGGGGUUAUAUAGUUCUGCCAAUAUAUUUGGAUGCAUUCUGGCAGAUGAUAUGGGUUUGGGGAAGACAUUGCAGUCAAUCACAUUACUUUAUACUCUUCUUUUUCAAGGGUUUGAUGGGAAGCCAAUGGUCAAAAAAGCCAUCAUUGUCACACCUACCAGUCUUGUAAGCAAUUGGGAAGCUGAAAUCAAGAAGUGGAUUGGAGAAAGAGUUCAGCUCAUUGCUCUAUGUGAAAGCACCAGAGACGAUGUUGUUUCUGGAAUUGAUAGAUUCACCAGUCCGCGCAGUUCUUCACAGGUACUUAUUGUUUCAUAUGAGACAUUCCGGAUGCAUUCAUCAAAAUUUAGCCACAGUGAAUCUUGUGACCUUCUCAUUUGUGAUGAGGCUCACAGGUUGAAAAAUGAUCAAACUAUAACAAAUCGGGCAUUGGCUGCUCUUCCAUGCAAGCGGCGGAUUUUGUUGUCUGGAACUCCAAUGCAGAACGACCUAGAAGAGUUCUUUGCAAUGGUUAAUUUUACUAAUCCAGGAAUUUUGGGUGACGUUGCACAUUUUCGCCGAUACUAUGAGGCACCUAUUAUAUGUGGACGAGAACCCAAUGCCACUGAAGAAGAGAGGAAGCUAGGUGUUGAGCGCUCUGCUGAACUUAGUGCAAAAGUUAAUCAGUUUAUAUUGCGAAGGACAAAUGCACUGUUAUCAAAUCACCUACCACCAAAGAUUGUUGAAGUUGUUUGUUGCAAGUUGACCCCUCUCCAGUCAGAAUUAUAUAACCACUUUAUACAAUCAAAAAACGUUAAACGAGCAAUUUCAGAAGAAGUGAAGCAAUCGAAGAUUUUAGCUUAUAUUACAGCACUCAAAAAGCUUUGCAAUCACCCAAAGCUCAUAUAUGAUACCAUAAGAAGUGGGAGUCCAGGAACUUCAGGUUUUGAGGACUGUAUUCGCUUCUUCCCUCCUGAGAUGUUCUCUGGAAGAUCUGGAUCAUGGACCGGUGGGGAUGGGGCUUGGGUUGAAUUGUCUGGAAAGAUGUACAUUCUAGCUCGGUUACUAGCUCACUUACGUCACAAGACAGAUGACCGAAUUGUCCUUGUUUCAAAUUAUACGCAGACCCUGGACCUUUUUGCUCAAUUAUGUCGUGAAAGAAGAUACCCAUAUUUGAGGCUUGAUGGAACAACAUCCAUUAGCAAAAGACAAAAGCUAGUGAACCAUUUCAAUGAUCCAACAAAGGAUGAAUUUGUGUUUCUCUUAAGCAGCAAGGCUGGUGGUUGUGGUCUCAAUUUGAUUGGUGGAAAUCGACUAGUUUUGUUUGAUCCUGAUUGGAAUCCUGCGAAUGAUAAACAAGCUGCUGCAAGAGUCUGGAGAGAUGGGCAAAAGAAAAGAGUGUACAUUUACAGAUUUCUGAGUACUGGAACGAUUGAAGAAAAGAUCUUCCAGCGUCAGAUGUCAAAAGAAGGGCUUCAAAAAGUAAUCCAACAAGAGCAAAAAGAUAGCCCCACCGCACAGGGAAAUUUGCUUUCAAUGGAAGAUCUACGUGAUCUGUUCAGCUUCCAUGAGAAUGCGAGGUCUGAAAUUCAUGAUAAGAUGAACUGCAUCCGUUGCCAAAGCGAUGAUGAUAGGCCUGAAAUAGAGAAAAGAGACAGAGACCAAAUAAUGCACGGAAGUUGUCAAGCUGAUCAAGACACCUCUGAUAUUGGUGGAUUUGCUGAAAUUGCUGGAUGCUUAGACAAGCUAAAGAGGUCGGAGAAACAGAUGGGGACACCUUUGGAAGAAAAUUUGGGUAGUUGGGGGCAUCAUUUUUUCCCAACGUCGGUGCCGGAUGCAAUAUUCCAAGCUUCAGCUGGUGAUGAGGUGUCAUUUGUUUUCACGAAUCAAGUCGACGGAAAGCUUGUACCUAUUGAUUCAAUAGCAAGACCGAGGAUGCAGGAAACAGAAGAAAAUGUGAACCAUCCCAAAUCAAAGCAAAAUCUGAACCAGAAAACCAUGUUGUCUCGUAAUAGGAAACCCUUAGAAUCUGUUAUUUCCAAUCAUUACUCUGCAAAAAACACCUUAUCUGCCCCUUACAAGCCUCUACAAAGGGCAAAUGUGGUACGUGUGACAAGUUCUUUAAAAUGUUCUCUACAAGACGCAUUAAAGCCUAAACCCUCUCUUGGGAAUCACUUGCCUCAGAAGAGAUUGUCUCCUGAUACAUUGGAACACGAUGAUGAUUUUCAAUAAUUAGUUGUUUCAGUUAAUCUGGUGGCUAUCAUCAUUUCUAUUAUUCAUUUUGUUUAUUGUAUUUUUCUAAUCUGCUUAGCAUGUUUUCUGAUG